AUGAGGGUCAGCUCGCCCUUCAAAUCAUCACCUAGGAAGGUGACACAGCCUCGUGUGGUUGAAGACUGUUUUGGGUCGUUGCCAGAAACCCCUCAGAACCCGCCUCCCGCCCGCAAACGCUUCAGCCCGAUCAAAACCACCCGCACCUCCAAGAAAAAGCCCCCGCUCUAUCCGCCGACGCCAGCCACAAAUCCCCUCGUAUCCCGAUCCCGCAAAAGCAGCAGCUCCUACCACAAGCCGCUGCUCAAUCAACAACGAUCGCGAACAGCCUCGAGUUCCACCACCCACUACCACAGCAUCCACCUCCCAGAGAGCCUCUCAUUCACCCAACAGCGACAACGCACGCUGUGCGCUGAGGACGAGGCGGGCAAUGGAGAGCAGGAGGAAACAGAGGGCGAGCCGUCGCCGUGCGUGGAGAUCGCCUCUCGAAAGGCCACGGCGAAGAAGUUUGGGCUGGCGUCGCGGGUGCGGCGAAGACUGCAGUUUGCGACGGCUGCGUCGGCGGUGAGCACGACGCGGGGCUGGGUAUCACCGAAGAAGGACAAGCAGAAGAAGGACUCGUCGCUGCGGAAGGGGUUUCAGCGGCUGGGGACAGCGGACGGGUCGCCGGAGGAUGUGUUUCGUGAUUAUCGAUGUCAGGAAGGUGAGGAGUUGGUUUGUGGGUCGUGA